AUGGUUCGAUCUGUCCCAGCAGCCUUGCAUGGUAUGGUGCUCUCCUCGCUGCCCUUGCCGGCGCAUGCCAGUCGGCGAAAGGCACUGAUCAUCGGUUGCAGCUACUUCGAGUCGAAUGCACCGCUGAAGGGAACCAUAAAUGAUGCCUGGAAUGUUCUCAGUCUACUUCGACAUACACUCCAGUUUUCAGAGAGCCAGGUUCGCUUCAUAGUGGAUGGCACGCGAAAUUGCCCGAUGCCUCCCCAGCGCCGGCCAACUGCUGCCACCAUCAUGGAAGGCUUGCAGUGGCUUGCUGCCGAUGCGCUUCCCGGCGAUGAGGUCUUCCUCUACUUUGCAGGCUAUGGAGUACUCCUGCCGCAUGGCGUGGGAAGCUUUGAAGCUUGCCUCGUUCCCAUUGACUAUGCUGCUUUGAGUCGUGCAGGGACCGGUGAUACUGGUGGCUACAGGCUGGUGGCGCUGAUGGAGGUCUCGCAGGCCCUCUCCAAGCUUCCAUCAGGAUGCAAGGCAACGGUUGUCCUCGACAGCUGCCACUCCUCCUUGCCUGGCAUAGGAUCAAAGCCGCAACCUGGAGUCUUCCAGUGGGCACAGAUGCAACCGACAGCCUUUGCCGGUGUUGAAGAGGUUGCUGAUGCCCGAGCACGGCGCAUGGUCCUGCCGAGCAUUCCCCUCAGUGGACCACGCUCCAUGGAGGUCCCUGCAAUCUCCUGCUCGCUGACAUGUUACUCCGCGUGUCACCAGGCUCAGUGGUGUGCGGAGCUGCCCAUCGAAGGCGUCGUUCAAGGUGCCUUCACCUGGGCUUGGGUCAAGGCCAUGGUGGCCGGGAACUGCGAAGGUCCCGUGGCCCAAGUGAAGGUGUCUCUGCAGGCAAAAAUCGGCGAGCUCCAGCGGCGUUGCAGAUGGCUGGACCAGACCCCGCUUGUGCAGAUGUCGAAGGCCAUGGAACAGCAGGACACGCUAUCAGUGGUGUCACUUGCAAACAGCCUUGACUCUACGCAUAGAAGCUUUGUCGAUGGCCGACAUCAGCUGACUGCAGAAGCCACGGACUGGGGGAAGGAAAGUUGGAAAGGGAAGGAGGCCGAUGCCGACUGGAAUUCAUGGCAAAACAAUGACAAUUGGCACGAGGCGGAGCAAGAUAGCAAUGACUGGAGAAGCCGGAAGCGGGUGAAAGAGGAGUGGAACGACUGGGAUAACUCGUCCAAGUGGAAGAAGCCGAAAUGGGAAGACAACUCCCAACGCUCAGAUGGCUCGUCCAAGUGGAAGCAGACGAGCUGGCAAGACAAGUCCGGCACCGCGCUUCCAGUGAAACCUGGUGCAUGGCAGUCGCCCACAACUCCGGGCUUGCAUUCGCCAGUGACGCCUGCAUUUAUGCCUGCGACGCCCCGGCACCCAGCCACGCCGCCACUGAGGCUUCCAGGAUCACCUGGCAUGCCGCGAACACCCGGCAUGCCGGCCACACCCGGAAUGCCGGCUACACCCGGAAUGCCGGCUACACCAGGCACGAUGCCGCAGUCACCGGGCACAUCUGGCAUGCCGCGAACACCCGGCAUGCCGGCCACACCAGGCAUGAUGCCGCAGUCACCGGGCAUGGGUGCGCCCGGCACGCCAGGCCUGGGCUUGCCGCCAUCGCCCGGCUUGCCAAGCACCCCAGCAAAUCCGGGCACACCAGCAAAUCCGGGCACCCCCGGCUUGCCUGGAACGCCAGCACACCGAGUGGCGCAACGCAUCUUUCCGCGUAGCACCGGCCUUUCUACUCCUGGUCUCGCAACUCCUGUGCCUCAGCAGUUUGUGCAGCCUGCCAGGGCGAGCUACAACAUGCCAAAGGCACCUGUGUUGACAGGUAAUCUGUCCUGUGAUCUGCGGCACGCGCCGCGCAGGAGGAAUGGGAAGCUGACCGCUGGUCCAGCAAUCAAAGCCCGGGUAAAUCGAAACAACAAGGACACCCCUGCGGCUGGCUCCUCCGUCAAAAAGGUCAAAGAGGAGCUAGUUCCUGAUUUCAAGACCUGGGUAAAGAACAAGAAGCUGCCCAUUGAGUACAAAGAGGGGACGUUGCCAGUCAAGACCGAAACGCCAGUUCCUGUCCAGCCAGGUGCCGCGACGCCAGGCUUGGCGGGCUCAACGCCUGUGCCGUUGAAUGCAGACGUGGUCGGCAUGACGCCUGGGUUCGUGGGCGGUGACGUGACACCCUUCCUGGAACACCCCGGAGCUACUGCACAGGGUAUGUACGGCUCUCUCUAUGGCAUGGAGGAAGGUGGUCUCACGCCUCCGCAGGUUGGGGGCAUGACGCCUGGCUUUGAUUCGCAGGUUCCUCCGCCAGAAGCUCCGCCCACAGGCAAGCAAGACUUGCCGGUGUGUGCACACGAUCCCUUUGUGGAGUUUGCGGUGGCGGCCUCGGUAGAGGAUGUGGCAGCCAUGGAAGUGGAGUCGAAGGACCAGCCAGCCAUUCCGUCAGAUUGGCGCGAGGAAGAGCCGUCCCUCGAGGCUCCUCUGCGAGUCUGUGCCGCGGUGAAAGGCAGCGAGCUGCUGGAGGUUGUGGCAGAUCCAGUGGGUUUGGCACAGCGAGCGCGCUUUGUGGGCGCCCUGCAGCUGCUGGGGAUUGAGGGCCGAGCUUUUCGGCGACCGCGUGCUCUGACAGGCAUAGGAGGACGCAGCGAUGGCUUUCGCCUAGCGCCGGCAUGCUUGCAAGCCUUCCAACUGUUGUCCAACAGCCUCGAUGCAGAGGCGGAUCUCGAGGCCUUGAGCUUGCUGCUACCACUCCGCGGCCAUCAGCGCCUGCGAGGCGGAAAGGGCGCCACUGCUCCUCGGGGCGAGCAGGGCCCCAGGGCCCUGACUGGCAAAGAAGAGCGCCUGAAAAUCUCUGCUUCGCAGGCCUUGGGCUUUCGUGCCCUUGCCAGAGUGCAGCGAGCCUUUCAAGUUCGAGGCUGGGCUGGCCAUGUGAUGGCAAGUAAGGCCUGCAUGGCCACAGCGCAGAGGCAGGAGAUGGCAGGGAGCAAGUUCAAGCGAGUAAGCGCUAGCAGUGCCAUUCAGUGCCUCCAGGCCAAGCGCACGCUGGUGCUGGUGCCGGGCCGGCUGCUGCAGCAGUGGCAGCAGGAGGUCCGAAAGUUCCUUUGCUCUGGCGCAGUGGAACUAGUUUUGGGCGUGACAACAGAGAUUCCGAAGCGAGGCACCGGCCAAAUGCGACCUGAAGCGGACGAACGCUACAAGCACGGACAGCGGUGGCUGAAGGCUUCCUCGGACUUGGAUCUGGCGGAGCUGGCGCAUGUGCUGAGCAGAAUAAGCUUGGAUGGACUGGACCGCAUCGUUGUGGACGAGUUCCACGAAAUCUUGGACUCUUCCAAGGCAGCCUGGCUGGCAGCCCUGCAGGAACUGUGGACAGAGGGUGGCGCAGACAAGACCGCGCUGUGGGGUCUCACGGGCACUCCGCCGCUCAGUGACUUCGCAUCUGUAGCUCGGAUAGCGCAGGCCUUCAAGAUCGACCUUCAGGCGUUUCGCCGUCAGCUGGAUGCGAGGGAGAUGGCACAGAGAACGCUGGACUAUGUGGCGAGAGCCAACGGGUCUUCUGCCUUAUCGGGUCUUGACGUCCACGAAGAGUUGGUGUCUCUGUACCACACACCAGCUGAACGUGCGAUCUACGUUCAGGGUGUUGCUGAUGCAAAGCGUAAGCACAAGCAACUGAAGCAAAUGGGCCAGGUGGAGGAACCAGUAUGCUCUGAACUAUUACAGCUGUGCUCCCACUUUCGGCUGGAGGAGGCUGAUGUGGAUGCAGAUGCUGAGACUGAGAGCGCAUCCUUGUUGAGAACGAGGGCAGAUGCGGUGGAAACCGCUCGCCAGUGGCUGCUGGUCUCGGCCCGGAAAAUGGAGGCAGAGAUCUUGAGGGCCCGCAGGUCUGGCAAUGGCUUACCAACUUUGGUGGCUGAGCAGUACGCGCAACUGCUUGCAGAGGUUGGCCAUGCUCAUGCUGUGUCCGAUGUCGACGGCCAGUCGAAGUCGAGUGAAGCUGCUGUGGCCUCACAGAUCGCAGGAGCCAGCGCUGCACGUCGAGGUGCCAGUCAAGCACGCCGGCGGCAUGAGAGAGACGCUGAUGACCUGAUCCUAAGGGCCAUAACAGAGGGCGUCCCAGCCGGCGAUGGUUUGGAGCUUUUGGUGGAGCUACUUGAGGAGGUGAAGCAGGCCAAGGAGGCCUUCCGCCAGAGGAGCCACGAGCAUGCCUUUCUGGCGGCAAUGCUGGAGGCGGCCGAGGCCAGCCGCUUCUGCUGCCCAGUCUGCUUCAGCGAGGCACCGGCUACAGAGCGUGCCAUCCUGGCUGCGUGCGCACAUCUCUUCUGUCUACAUUGCGCUGGCACUUUGGUCAGGCGUGGCCUUGGCGCGCUUUGUGGCCUCUGCGCAGCCCCUGAGCUGUGGUCGCAUGCCUGGACCGUGCCCGUGCAGACUUCUCGGGAUGCAGGACGUCGGCGAGACGUCCUUUAUGUUGGAUCUUUGGGCCUUGCAAAUGCCUGGACGCUGCCGGCCUUUGCAGAGAAGACUGCGCUACAGCAGCGCUUCAAUGGUACAGACGUCGAGAAGCUUCCCAGUGGCUACAUUCCAGGUUGGGGCCCUGAUGAUUUAUAUUAUCCAGAGUGGAUGGAAGGCCGCUAUGCCGCUCCAUUGGGCAAGCAGUUUCUGGCCAACGGCCAAAGCGCAGUGGCGAAUAAGGUCCUCGCAGAGCAGCAGAACCAGCUUGGAAAGUCAGUGGACUUCGAGCUGAGGUAUGUUCGAACUCAGAGGAACAAUGUGGUCGAAGAUCGUGCCUACAACACUCGGGCUAAAUUGAAUGCCUUUGCUGGUCGGGAAGUGGUGAAGAGCGUCGAGUACGUGGAGGUGCAGGACAACACUCGCGAGCUUGCCCUGCGAGCUGGUAACGGUGAGUCGGAUCCCCUCCGCAACGUGCUGGUCGACUUCAAAGGAGCUGUGCAGAAGGUUUUUAUCACUGCCUUCGAGACAGAGACUUCUCCAGAGGGUGAUAUUUGGCGAGGCGUUGCCAGCACACGCACCCUCUUUGCCGCGCCUGGAGCUGGUUACAACCCACUCACAGUGGAUGAAGAAGUGGUGACUGCGCUCAAGAAGUCUGACACGGGCGUUUGCGGACGCCUUCGACUUCUUGGCUUCUUGAAUCCCAAUGAUCAGCUUUUCUUCAAGGCUGGCAACCGUGCGGUGAGCAUUGCGGACUACAGCCUGAAGUACACUCGUGUGCAGGACCAGCUCGGCACAGUCUGA